AAAACCUAAUAAGUAAACAGAUAACAAACCAGGGCUGUGUACAUAUUUUCAGAACCUCGUGACGACUAUGAAAUUGUUCUACUGCACAGACAUAAACAAAUUUGGCUUGAAUAUUUAUUGAUAACGUGAUUAAUGGUUAUACGUUUUUAUUUUUAACUGUUCUUCGUUGUAUUAUACAAAAGUGAACAACGUUGCAAAGACAGAUGACCACGUAUACUGUUCACGUGAUAUAAAAUUACUCGUAUUUGAACACACGUAGGGUUAGAGACUGAAAAUUUCGUAUUUGUAGAGUCAACAUCUCGAAAAAUAAUUAUUUAAACGAGAAGACCAUGUGAAAUGGUUCUCUUUUGUAAAGAAUAAAAUUAAAAUUCCUUUGAAGGCAGUGACACGCUACAGUGCACCUAUAUAUUUAUUACGUUAGUUCUUCUUUUAAAUUUCGAUAGUGACAGUACCUUAGCGUUGAUAAGUAGUGUCAUUGUCGUAUCAUAUUCGUAAAUACUACAUACGUACACAUCGACUAAAAAUAUGGUGAAAUAAUUACAGUUUUAUAAAAAUGUGGAAAUACUGUGGUCUUUGUAACGUGUUAUGUUUCAUUGUUGGUGUUGUAUAUGGACACAAUUUCAGAAAUUUCGAUGACACGGUCCUCUUUAAAAUUAAUUGGCCAGGGAAAGCUAAUUCCGAUUUAUUAGAGUCUCGAACAAAUGUGGAACCUUAUUUUAUAACAACCGCAAAUAAUGAAAGAUAUCAGUGUUUAAUUCCUGAUACUACUAUCCAAGAGCAAGAUUAUAAUGAACCAUACAAUGGACCAACUCCGAUACAAAUUUUAUUUUUGUUAUCAGAUCAUAACACCUGUGUCUACAGGCUUGAAUCUUAUUGGACAUAUGAAUUAUGUCACGGAAGAUUUGUACGUCAGUAUCACGAGGAAAGAGAUGGGAAAAAGGUAAAGACACAAGAGUAUUAUCUGGGUAUUUUUGAUAAAUCUCAAGAACUAAAGCUCUUGGCAGAAUAUGCGAAACAAGAGGAAAAUCCUAAUAGGAAGAAAAAUAUACCUAUUAAGAAAGUAGAUGGAAUCAAUAUGCCUUACGUGGAAAUUGAGAUGACAGAUGGCACAGUUUGCAAUGUCAAUAACAAACCACGAAAGGUUAAAGUUCUAUAUGUUUGUUAUCAACAUGAUAAACAUGAACUAUUUUCGGUAACUGAACCUGUCAGUUGCGAAUACGAAGUUAUUGUCCUUUCUCCUUUGCUAUGUAUUCAUCCUGACUACAACCCACGAGAUACAAGAGAAAAUGAAAUUGAUUGUCUGCCAAUUGAUACAGCACCAAAGAAACCAAGGUCUCUUAUCGCGAUGGAGAUAGAAAGUUUGAAACUACGACAUCAGAAAGUGACGGACGGCGAAGCACGCGUUAGAGUUGAAAUACAUCCUGUUGAUGUUAUCGAUAAACAUAAUAAUAUCGAUGAUACUAUAAAUUCAUUAGCAGAUCAAGGUAUCAGUCCAGCUGAAGUUAGUCCUGUGAAAAAUUUUUUGAGCGGAAAAAAUUGUUUACACGGAGGCAACGGAUGGUGGAAGUACGAAUUCUGUUAUGGACGUUCGGUGGUUCAAUAUCACGUGGAACGCGAUGGUACAAAAACAAUAGUAAAUCUCGGUAAAUUCGAUAAACAAAAACACUUGGAUUGGAUUACCAGUCAUCCACAUAAGAGGCCAAAGUCACCACAGCUACGGAAACAACUUUCCCAUUUCUAUAGCGAUGGGAGCAUCUGCGACAAGACUGGUAGUCCGAGACAAACCGAGGUAAAAUUAAAGUGCGUCGAAGGUCUUGCAGCCAGUCCAUCGAGUGUUUCUCUGUUUCUGCUCGAGCCAAAGACAUGCGAAUACGUAUUAGGAGUCGAAUCGCCGUUGAUCUGUGAUAUUUUAGAAUACGCCGAUGAAAAUGGACUUCUUAGCGAGAAGUUCGAAGUAAAUUUCGACAAGUUAAAGACCACCGCUUUCCACGAGUACGAUGAUUUGGACGAGAGGAUAGCAAACGGAGACGAAUAAAAUAAUAUAUUUAAUUAAAGAUUUAUAAAGAAAUGUUUUCAUGGUAAAUGUUUC